AAUAAUCCUCAAGAAAUUUAGAACAAGUGUAUUUUACAAUGAAAGGUCAGAAGCUCAGCUGGAGAGAGGAAUGUUUACAACACCUUCAGGUGUUUCUUGGCCUUCCAAUAGCAAAGCUGGGAGAGGGCCGAGCGAAGAGCCCUGACCCUGCCUCUCUCCUCCUCUCCUUCCAGCGGGUGGUUGACUUCCCCGGUUUGCCUCGAGGGAUCCAGCUGAAUCACUGUUGCCAUAAAAACAGGGCUGAGCUGGCGGUGUCGAAAGCCACCGGAACUGGAAGAAACUAGUCAGGAAAAACCUGACUAUCAGCUGAUAGAUUGCUGCCUGAUAACUCCUGGACACUGGUACCACUCUGUCCAGACUAGUGCAGCUCUUCGGGAGCUGUCCAGAACACCGAGCUGUUUCAGCCUAACUCGGCUGAGCUCUCUUUCCCCCAUGCUUGAGGGCGCCGAGCUGUACUUCAACGUGGACCAUGGCUACCUGGAGGGCCUGGUGCGAGGCUGCAAAGCCAGCCUCCUGACCCAGCGGGACUACAUCAACCUGGUCCAGUGUGAGACCCUGGAAGAUGUGAAGAUACAUCUCCAGACCACCGAUUAUGGCAACUUCUUAGCUAAUCAAACAAAUCCUCUCACAGUUUCCAAAAUUGACACUGAGAUGAAGAAAAAGCUAUGCAGAGAAUUUGAGUAUUUCCAGAAUCAUUCUCUGGAGCCCCUGAGCACAUUUUUCACAUACAUGACAUGCAGUUACAUGAUAGACAAUGUAAUUCUACUGAUGAAUGGUGCAUUACAAAAAAAAUCUGUGAAAGAGAUUCUGGGGAAGUGCCACCCACUGGGCCGUUUCACAGAAAUGGAAGCAGUCAACAUUGCUGAGACACCUACUGACCUCUUUAAUGCUGUUCUGGUUGAGACACCAUUAGCUCCAUUCUUUCAAGACUGUAUGUCUGAAAAUAUUCUAGAUGAACUGAAUAUUGAAUUACUGCGCAAUAAACUAUACAAGUCUCAUCUCGAAGCAUUCUAUAAAUUCUGUAAGAAUCAUGAUGAUGUCACAGCGGAUAUUAUGUGUCCCAUUCUUGAGUUUGAGGCUGACAGACGUGCUUUCAUCAUCACUCUUAACUCCUUUGGGACUGAACUGAGCAAAGAGGACCGGAAGACCCUCUACCCCACCUGCGGCAUGCUCCAUCCUGAGGGGCUGCGCCUGUUGGCCCAAGCGGAAGACUUUGAACAGAUGAAGAGAGUGGCGGAUCAUUAUGGGGUAUGUGAUUACACCAGGUUCCCAGAAUGCUUGUUAUUUCAUUGCACAUCAAUGUACACGUCUUAUCAAAAGCAGUCAUGAGUUUUUAAGGUAGAAAGCAAUGUCUCUUGCUGUAACUGUCUCUCCCAACGUUCCUGACCCAAGCUCGUGUUUUUUAAGGUUCCUGCUGAGCAAAUACUUGUUUAAAUCUCCAAGGAGCAGUCAUUUGAGCACUUAUGUUCAAGAACUUAAUAAAGCAAGUUCCCCAAGGGACUGUUACAGUCUUCUGGACAUGUGGGCUCACGUCAAAGUUAUGUA